UCUUCUUCCAUACUUCUCUUUCUACUUUUUAAACCUCAUUAAACCCCCUUUACUUUCCCUUUUCUCUCUCUCUCUCUCUCCAAAAAGAGCCAAAACAAAACCAGUGUGGGAGAAGGCGCUUGACAGAUCACAGAGAGAAAGAAAGAGCGCUUCACACAAACAAAACCCAAAACUCCAAAACAAAAUCAAAAGGAGAAAAAAAAGGAAAAUACAAAACCUCUGUUCCUCUCUCUGAAACCAAAAGCUAAGCAAAGCAGAAGGUCUCAGAGGAAGGCUCAAAUCAAAUGGGGCAGAAGUCGCUGAUCUACGCGUUCGUAGCACGAGGCACUGUGAUUCUGGCAGAGUACACGGAAUUCAGCGGCAAUUUCAACUCCAUAGCGUUUCAGUGCCUCCAGAAGCUUCCCGCUACCAACAACAAGUUCACUUACAACUGCGAUGGCCACACCUUCAAUUACCUCGUCGACAAUGGCUACACGUAUUGUGUGGUUGCAGAUGAAUCAUCUGGAAGACAAGUACCUAUCGCUUUUCUGGAGCGUAUCAAAGAUGAUUUUGUUUCAAAAUAUGGUGGUGGAAAGGCUGCUACAGCCCCUGCCAACAGCCUUAACAAGGAAUUUGGGUCAAAAUUGAAGGAACAUAUGCAGUACUGUGUUGAUCAUCCUGAAGAAAUAAGCAAGCUUGCAAAGGUGAAGGCCCAGGUUUCAGAAGUUAAAGGUGUUAUGAUGGAGAAUAUUGAAAAGGUUUUAGAUAGAGGGGAAAAGAUAGAGCUUUUGGUCGACAAGACUGAGAACCUUCAUCAACAGGCACAGGACUUCAGAAAUGUUGGGACGAAAAUGCGGAGGAAGAUGUGGCUGCAGAACAUGAAGGUGAAGCUGAUUGUUUUGGGAAUCCUGAUCGCACUAAUCCUUGUCAUAAUCCUCUCCGUUUGCCAUGGUUUCAACUGUGGAAAAUGAGCUUCAAGAAAAGCUUUUGGUCCUGUCAAUCCAAACUUUUGCAAUUAUAUGUAGUAUUAUUAUAAGAGAAAGAUCAAGUCUGUCACAACUCUGUUUACAAAUAUGUGUCAAAAGGCGAAGACGUAUUUUUUGUGUGAAUGAAUGGAACUCCCUAUAUGAUGUUACUACCUAGUCGUAAGAAUGCU